AGGGGCCAAAGGACGUCCUCUUUUCCCGUCAAAUCGAAGCAGAGCAGCUGUCCUGUGACACGCGGAACCUAAAUUUCUGCAUUUACAGUCAUUAAAUACUCAGAUUUUCAUCAGAAAUGGCAAACAAGUCAGGACGCACCAUCGUCUUACCAGUGGAUGCAUCAGAUCACAGCGAAAGAGCAUUUAACUGGUAUUUGAGCAACCUAAAGCAAGAUGGCGACCGUUUGUCAAUCAUCAGCGUUGUCGAGCCACCAAAAAUUCCAGCUUCUUUCUUCAGUCCUGUGGUCGUGUCAGAUGAGUACAAGAACGAUAUCGAAGAUGCCAUCAAAGUAGCUAAGGAAACUGUAAAGAAGUACGAAUCAAGAUGCCAGGCUGCCGGCCUAAAAUGCUCAGUGACGACUGAGACCUCAGAUUUCGGCCCAGGUGAAAAGAUCUGCGAAAUUGCAAGGAAGCAAAAUGCAAGUGGUAUUGUGAUGGGAUCCAGGGGAUUGAAUAUUAUCAGAAAGACCCUUCUUGGCAGUGUCAGUUCGUAUGUUGUCAACCAUGCCGAUGUGCCAGUUGUCGUGACACCACCUGGGGAAAGCAAAGGCCAAAGGUUAACACGUUCGAAGCUUGUCCAGCAAGUCAACUGGGAAGACAAGAUGUCGCAGAAAAGGUUUAUUUUUAUGUCAGUUGAUGGCUCCGAACACAGUGACAGAGCGUUUGACUGGUACAUAAAGAACAUGAGAAAGCCCGGAGACAAAAUCGGAAUUGUUAGCGUCAUCGAACCACCGACCUUUCCCGCCACAUUCAUGAUGAUGGGUCCAGUUGUUGUUCCAGAAGAGUGGAAUGCAGAAAUCCAAGAUUCCAUGGAUAAAUCGAAGUUAAUCGCGGAGAAGUACGAGAAAAAAUGCCAGGAAAAUGGUUUGGAGCAUCAAGUACUGAUGGAUACUGCUUGCACAAUAGGUGGGCCCGGAGAGACGAUUUGCCAGCUUGCCAGGGAAAAUAAUGCAAGCAGCAUCGUGCUUGGAUCGAGAGGCCUAAAUACUGUACGAAGGGCUCUUAUUGGCAGUGUUAGCUCGUAUGUGCUUGGACAUUCGCCAGUACCUGUUGUCAUAAAUCCACCAAAGCAUGAAUAAACCACGAUAUGUAACAAAAUGCCCUUUUUUGUGUCUCCAAUGUGCAGAUGUUUUUGCAGAUACAAGCUGCUGUUCAUUAGACAAGAUAAACUAUAUGAAUUUUCUUAAUCAAAUAGCAACAGGAUACACUUGGAAUUGAAAUCGGUGUAAGAGAUCAAUCAAAGCUUACAUUAGUGUGUUCUUCAUGUAAAAUAAGCGAAUCUGUGUGUGAAAGGAACAUGGAAA